UAAUUUGUUAUGGCUCGCACUAAGCAAACUGCUCGUAAGUCUACCGGUGGCAAAGCGCCGCGCAAGCAGCUGGCCACUAAGGCUGCCCGCAAGAGCGCGCCAGCCACGGGCGGUGUGAAGAAGCCACAUCGCUACCGGCCUGGCACUGUAGCGCUGCGCGAGAUCCGGCGCUACCAGAAGUCCACCGAGCUGCUGAUCCGCAAGCUGCCGUUCCAGCGGCUGGUGCGGGAGAUCGCCCAGGACUUUAAGACAGAUUUACGCUUCCAGAGUUCAGCUGUGAUGGCGCUGCAGGAGGCAUGCGAGGCCUACCUGGUAGGACUCUUUGAGGACACCAAUUUGUGCGCCAUCCACGCCAAGCGCGUCACUAUCAUGCCCAAGGACAUUCAGCUGGCCCGCCGCAUCCGCGGGGAGCGAGCGUAAUUA